GCGCUCCUUCAGUGUGUGUGUGGAAAGGAGCUGCAAGAUUUGCUAAGAAACCUUUACAAGCUCACAAAACAGCGAUGAGUCUGUUCACCUGUGAAGAUCCUGCUGUUUGGAAAGCGGUUCACAUUAAAUACUGGACAGUAGUAGAAGCUAAAUCAGCUGGAAAGAGGAAGACUUCAGGAAAACUCCUGCAACUUGACAAAUGGUUUCAGGAGGAUCUGCCGGCAGCCAUUACGGCUCGACCGGAGCGUUUCCUCACACAUGCUGAGCUCGUCAAGAUCAUGGAGUGGAAACUGACUAAAGGGAAGUUCCGGCCGCGUCUGCAGCAGCUGAUUGGCUCCAAUAAUGAGGAGGCGGUUCAGAGCUCCAGCAGCAAAGCGUUCAGUUUGUUGCCUGAUGUACAAGCAGCAAUUAAAGAGCUGUGCAAACUCAAGGGUGUCGGGCCUGCCACCGCAUCAGCUGUGCUUGUGGCCGGAGCUCCUGAUAAAGUGGCCUUCAUGGCGGAUGAAGCCGUGGAAAGCAUCGCAGAGCUCAGACCAGUCGAGUACACGGACAAACACUAUGCACUUUACCUCCAGAAAAUGCUGUGGAAAACAUCAGAGCUUAAUAAAGUGGACGCUCAGCAGGACUGGACUCCUCACCGGGUGGAGCAGUGUUUGUGGACAUGGACAGUGGCCAAUCAGAUUCAGCCCUCAUUAUUGCAGGGAGUCAGCCUGAAGGAUGCAACCAAUCAGAAGCCAGAGAAGAGGAAGACAGCUGAUGAAAAGCCGUCAAAAAGAAAGAAGACUGAAUGACCAGAAAGACAGAAUCAAGCAGCACUUAAUCACAAAAUAUCCAGACAUUAAAAUUUGUAAAAUAAAA